CAGGCCCUUAUCCCCGCGCUCCAGGACUCUGAACGGGCCGUCGUAAGGGGGACGCAGGGGUCCGCGGUGGGCGUCAUGACGAAUAAACACAAAAUCCGCCGAACGCAGGCCACGGGGGAUCCGGGCAACCGGGGAGCCAUGAUGCGACGUGGGGACCGGCGCGAACCCCUUAGCAGCCUCCAGAAGGGAGGACCGUUGCUUGGCUGCCGACCAAGGGGCCGUGGCAUCCGGGAUGAAAUCGCCGGGGACCCGCAGCAGCUGGCCAUAGACGAGCUUGGCGGACGAGGACAGCAGGUCUUCCUUGGGGGCGCAUCUGAGGCCAAGCAUCACCCACGGUGGGGUCACCAGUAGGAGUGGGAACCUCAGGGCACCUCACGAUACGAUACGAUUCACGAUACAAGGCUCACGAUAACGAUUAUCUCACGAUAUCACGAUGCAGCGAUUUUCGAUAUAUUGGUCAGAAAUUGGAUACAUGACAUUCUACGAUACAACUGUUGAAACGGGGGGAAAAAAAGAUAUUUAAAAAUAGAAACAAAUACUGUUUAAGUCAUUUAUUAAACAGUGACACCUUUUCUGUGCAACAUUGCUAUAAAAUAUAAAUCUACUGCAAAUUGUGCCCCUGCACAUAUAUAGGAAACAAACCACGACCACUGAUAUCACUUUGAGAGAUCAUGAUGAAUGGCACCCUUAAUUUCUUUAAAGUUUUAAAUCUUUAAAAUAAAUAAAUAAAUAAAUAAAAAGUGCCAUAGGUGUCAGCAGUUGAGCUUGGAGUGGGGCAAUGAUAAAAUUGGUGGGUCUUUUCUUCGUAUAUGACCUGAUUUGCUUGGUUUGAGCACUUCCACUAUCUGCUUCAGCAUUUAAGAUGCCAGACUUGCUCAGUCACAGUCUUCCUCACCUUAAAAACAACAAAAUAAAACUAAAAAUAUUAGCUACUUCAUAGCUUUUUAGUUGAAAUCCUGAUUUUCUUUUUUUGUGUUGGAAGUAUUGAAUUUAAAAAAAUAUGAAUUGAAUGUAUAGAAAUUAAAAAUGCAAUAAUUACCCAUUUUUAAUAUGUAAGCAACAUUAAUUAUCAUGCACAUCACUUUAUAUAUCUUGGAACCUAUUCAAACCAUUUUUAUAGCUUAUUGUAUCAAAAUGACAGUAAUAACAGUUUGUGUAGUAAACUAGAUGGAAAGCGGUUCUCAAAUAAUAUCAAAUAAAUCGGUAAAUUCAUGUGGGCUUGUUCGAUAUUCAUUUUCAUCCAGUUUAGGGUCCUGGUUUAUUUUAUAUCUUUCAACACCAAAUGUCAUCAAAAUAAUACAUGUAAAUUAAAAAGUCAAUUACAUUGCAAAACUUUCUUACCUCAAGUGAUGAAAGCUAAGCUCACAAACUCCUGUGUCCACUACUUCACCAGCUGCAAGUGAAACUUAUUUUUCUAAGACUUGUUCACCUUACUUCCUUUCUUGUUGGUGUAAAAUCUAAAGUGUGUCCCCAUGUGUGAUUUGUAGCAAUAUUUUGCUCAUUUUUUCCUCCACCGUUCUCACGGAGCUUUUUUAUUUUUUCAACCCACUUGGAGCUACAUUUCUUGUUCUCUAGACGACUUGUGCGCACUUUACCCUCACCGCCACUCCCGAGCGCCCCUAGUGGACCGCCAAGGAAUUGCUCAACAAACGUUGAGCAGUUGACAGCAUCCAUACUCCAUUGUAUGGCCAAUAUAUUAAAUAAAAGUAUCGAUACUUGGCGGGAACAUAUCGAUAACCGAUCGGGUUGCAAAAUAUCGCGAUAUAUCGCUGUAUCGAGAUAUUGUCACACUCUUAGUCACCAGUGUAGCGCCGAAGAAACGGAGGCGGAGUGUCGAACACCCGAGCAAACCUCACUUUAAUAAUAGACAUCAACGCUCAAGCUAACACUCGCAGGAACUACUUCCCUCAAACCGGAAGUGCAACAACCAAAACAGUUUGUGCGGGACCUCUUAACAUAACACACAAGUUCCUGCAGGUGAAUUAUGUAAACACCACAACAUGUUCAUAAAACGACAGGAGCAUAUCGAUAACCUAAUGGCAUGCGACCAAGGCCGGUCCAGCCUAUACGCAGACUAUGCAGCUGCUUAGGGCCACCACUAGGGGGCCCCCAAUCUGGCAACCGCAUUUUAUACGUUGUUAAUAGAGCAUUCUGAAUAAUGUGGCGCGCAUUGCCGUUUAUCUAUGCAAAAAUCCAUUUCUUGUCAUUACAAUCUGGCAACCUGGGGAGUGACGUUGAACCUGCUUUGCGAUGAUUGGUGCUCAAACUUGCUUGGAAAAUAGAUGCACGAAUAUGUCGAAGAGAAUUUAUCCUUUGGAGCAGAGAAACGAAAGAAGAAGAAAAUCGGAGAAGAAAAGAAACAACAUUAUCAAGCCAGCAGUCAUGCAGCAGCACGAGUUUUGUUCCGGUUCUUUCCUCGAAGGGGAGAGCUGGGCCCAUUUCCACGGCCCUGACGUGCCCGACGUCGCGGCCGGGUACCCGCCGGAGUACGCUGGCUUCAGCAUCACCGGGAAGCUCCCGCCGGGGCGCGACGGCAGCCUCCCGGCCCGCGGGGGACGCCGUGGGCUACACAUGCGCUCGCUCAGCGACGGCAGGGAUGCCGCCCGCUUUCUCGUCUCCCGGAGGCGGACCCAAAGUGUGGGCGUGGCCACGCGGGCGGAUGACGGGGACGUGGAGGACGACAAUAGGAGCGAGGAUGCCGCUUCGGAUGAGGCACCAGAUCACAGAGGAAUUUUCCAUCCCGACUUGGAUUUGGACGAGGACCCGGAAUGGAACACGGACCUCUCGGGCCGCCGUCUUUCCUGGGGCGCGGACGAGGCGUCUUCCGCCUACGGCGCGGCCGAGGUCUUGCAGCGGCGUCUGUCGCGGGUGAGGACAGAGCUGGCGCGGGCUGACACGCGGCUGCUAUGCGAGCGCGCCCACUCGCAGCAUUUGUCACGCGAGCGGCAGGAAGUGGCGGAGAAGGAGCGCUCGCUGAGCCGGCAGGUGGACGUCGCCGUCACCGUCAUCGCUGCCCUCAAGGAGCAAAUCAACGCUUCUGAAAACGAGCUGGAAUGGCGAGAGAGGCAGGUUCUGACCAUCCAGAAGUUUCUGGAAGCAGCCGUGCGCCAGGAGACCAGCGGCAAAGUUCGGAUCCAGCGCUUUAUCGAGAACUUGCUGAGACGCAUCGCGCUGGCCGAAAUGCUCCUGGAGGACUACCAGCAGCGACAGACGCCGAGCGACCGCGACAAACCUCAGAGAAUCACCAAGAGCAGGUCAGCGGGAUGUCAGCUGUCAUCCGGUCUCCAUGGCAACAACGCACCUUCGUCCCGUCCUCCGUUGGGGGACCCGCGCGACCUGCGUGAGCGUCUGGCGCGGUCGUCUCGUCUCUUCUGCCGACCCGAACAUCGCGACGACAUCUGGAACCAGCGUCAGCGUUCGGCGGGUCAUAGGAAAUCCACGAUGGAGUGUUGGGACCACAGGAGGAAAUAGAAGAACAAGCCUUGAAAAGUAAUAAUAUUAGGACUCGCUGGUAAAAUUACGAGAAUAACGUAAUACAUCAUAACAUUCAAGAUUAAAGUCAUAAUAUUAUGAGAAAAAUCGUCAUAUCACUCGAUUGCCGUCGUCAUGUAACAUAAUUUUACGUAAAAUUACAAGAAAAACGUAAUAUGUAAUUUCAUGUCAUGUUACGAGAUUUAAGUCAUAAUAGUAGAAAAAUGUCAUAGCAUUAUGAGAUUAGUCGUUCUACUACGUAUCGUUUGAGGUUUUGCGGCUAAAUUAGCUGCUACGUACUGAGCGCUUUAGCGCCUCUGUUAAAAUGAACAAUGUUUAGAGCAUCUUGUGAUGAGCUGUAUAUUACAAUCGGUUUUCAUAAGUUGGGAAAUUAUAUGGCACAUCUACAAAAAAGUAUCAUCAAUAUAAGGAUUUAUAGAAUACUAAUAUUAGUCGUAGCUCCUAGCCAAGGUAAGACCACUGAAGCAGCUUUACGUACCUUAUGCAAGUGGCGUAAUAUUCAAAAUUGUUUUGCGUGAAACCGAUUGGGAAAAUACAUCCUCAAGAGAUGCUCAAUAUUAUGUAUUUUAACAGAGGCGGUUCAGUGCUACGUAAAGUACAUAGCAGCUAAAUUACUGAACAGCAUUUAUACAUUACGUAAUGUAACAUAUACUAGAUAAUAUAAAAUAUGAAGAAAUGCAUUUUGAUAAACAUUUUAAUUUCAAAUGUAUGUAAUAUAAGAGAUUACCCCCGCCCCAUUUGAUAUGACACAUUUUUCAAUCAUGUUGUAUUCAUCACUUUGUACAAAUGUUCUAGAAAAUGGCGUGAACUUGGAGUGCCGUGUUUCUUGCGGGUUUUGUACAAACUCCUUCAGAUGUUGUGACACGUUGAAAGUUGUCAAAAGUGCUGUGGAUUUCAUAACCCGACACAACCCCUAUGGAAAUUUGAGUUCUUGUGUUGGUAUGUAAAUAGAAAAGGACGCAAAAAUGUUUGUUGUCAUUGUACUUAGUCGUUGCUAAGGGAAUAAUGUUAGCAUUAGUGUUGCACCGAUAUGACACUAAAAUGACAUCAAUGGUAUUAAGGAGUACCAAGAAAUAUCAUAUAGUUUCAUAUAGUUUCUAACCACAUGUCGUGUUGCCCUACCCAAAAUGGCUGCUAGCUACUCACAAACCAGGACAAAAUGGAGCACUUCUUCUGUGAAUUUCAAUAAGUUAAUCAAUAGUUGACGUCCAAUGAAGUGGGAGUGUAACAGCGAAUGAACGUUCAUUCGCAUGUGUACUUGCGUGUUGUUGUACUACAAGCGCGUGUACUUAUACUACAAGUACAUAUACUUGCGUGUACUUGUACUACAAGGUACAUGUACUACAAGUAGUGCACUUGUACGACACGUGCAUGUACUUGCCUGUACUUGUACUACACGUGCAUGUACUUGCCUGUACUUGUACUACACGUGCAUAUACUUGCCUGUACUUGUACUACACGUGCAUGUACUUGCCUUUACUUGUACUACACGUGCAUGUACUUGCCUGUACUUGUACUACACGUGCAUGUACUUGCAUGUACUUAUACUACACGUAGAUGUACUUGCCUGUACUUGUACUACACGUACAUGUACUUGCGUGUAUUUGUACCUCAAGCGUGUCUACUGUACUUGUACUACCUGCGCGUGUACUUGUACUACAAGCAUGUGUACUUGUACCAAAAGUGCAUGUACUUAGGUGUAUUUGUACUACAAGUGCGUGUACUUGUACUACAAGCAUGUGUACUUGUACCAAAAAUGCAUGUAGUUAGGUGUAUUUGUACUACAAGUGCGUGUACUUGUAUUACAAGCGCGUGUACUUGCGUGUACUUGUAUUACAAGCGUGUGCACUUGCGUGUAUUUGUACUACAAGCAUCCUAGGUGUAUUUGUACUACAAAUGUGUGUACUUGUACUCUCCACGCGUGUACUUGUACUACAAGUGUGUGUCCUGCGUGUAUUUGUACUACCUAAACGCGUACUUGUACUACCUGUGCGUGUACACGAGUAUGUGUACUUACUUGUACUUGUACUAGUGUGUAUUUGCUCUACAAGCAAGGCCGGCCCAGCUUAUACGCAGACUAUGCAGCUGCUUUGGGCCACUACUAGGGGGCCCCCAAUCUGGCGACCUCAUUUUAAUCGUUGUUAAUAGAGCAUCGUGAAUAAUGUGGAUCGCAUUGCCGUUUACCUAUGCAAACAUCCAUUUUCUUAUCAUUACAAUCUGGCAACCUGGGGAGUGACGUUGAACUUGCUUUGCCAUGAUUGGUGCUCAAACUUGUUUGGAAAAUAGAUGCAAGAAUAUGUCGAAGACAAUUUAUCCUUCUGGAGCAGAGAAACGAAAGAAGAAGAAAAUUGGAGAAGAAAAGAAUUCAAGGUAAUAAUACAAUUACUUUGGAUGGUUCAAAGGAGCUAUUGAGAAGUAUCUUGGAAUUGGAGGUGGAGUGCCGUCCUCUUCACAAGAUGAUGACUUCCCCAAAUGUACAAUUCAAGGUAAUGCUUGGCAAUGUCGUGUACAUAGUUAUGACAUCAAGAAUCAAGAAAGAUGCACAUAAAGUUACAAUUUUAAUACAUUUUUACAAAAAUAUUGGCCCCUUGGGAUUAUUUUGCUUAGGGCCCCCAAAUGGCCUGGGCCGGCCCUGACUACAAGCAUGUUUACUUGAACGACAAGUGCAUGUACUUAGGUGUAUUUGUACUACAAGUGUGUGUACUUGCACUACCCACGCGUGUACUUGUACUACAAGUACAUAUACUUGCGUGAAUUUGUACUACAAGUGUGUGUACUUACGUGAAUUUGUACUACGAGUGCGUGUACUUGUACGACAAGAAUACCGACCAGCACAUCAAAAGCUACACACACAAUUUCUCCAGAAAUUUCAUUUUCAGUUUCUGAGUGAAAGGCAACGUUGGUAUGAUAAUGUAGCUUGAUUCUCUAUUGCGCAGAACUUGUCUGGCAGUCCAAAGGGCUGUUGUGCCCUUCAGUAUUUUGAUCCAGGUUGCAGUACCAUUUUUGGCCACCAAUCUUAUAUAUUGCUCCUUUAAGCAGUGUCUGACCAAGCCACGGUGGCAAUAACUUAAACAAAAAAAUGAUCUUUUUUCACAAAACGCAGUAUUGGUUCAGUAUCGGCAUUGGCAGAUACCAGACAGAAUCCGUAUCGGGAGCCAAAAUAUGCUAUCGGCGCAACACUCGUUAGCAUCUUUAUUUUUUUACUCAUAAAAGAAUAUGUCUUGAAAUGUAGCACAAUAUAUUUAAAAUGUGGAUAAAACCGAUGUGACACUUUUCAUCCCUGUCAAAGCCACGCAAAUGGAAAAUAAAAAGUCACGUUGACUCACUGCUUUUGUGCCUUUACUUUUCUUAAUAUGCCAAUCUUGCUGGGAGGCAUUCAGUUAUUAGUCAUUCUCAGUGUUGGGCACGUUACUUUAAAAAAGUAAUUAGUUACAUUACUCACUACUUCUUCCAAAAAAUAACUGAGUUAGUAACUGAAUUACUCUAUAGUAAAAGUAACUAGUUACCAGGGAAAGUACCUAUUUCCGUUACUUUAAAAAG